GGACGGUCGCAAACUCUGAAUGAACUACGGAAGCUGUGUAUGACGUAAUAUUCACGUGAUGGCUCGUCUUUUUGGUCCUCUCUGGGAAGUCCUAUCACUGUAUCACUUCACACUCUCUGGCACCAGUGAUGCUGUACAAUGAACACCUCAACUGUAAACCUUAGUCCAACAGAGGACACCAAGACUCACGUUAUAUCCAUCUAUCAAGACAAGGGACACUAUGCCUGUGCUCAAUGCUCUGCUGUUAUUACCCUUCAAGAUGAACUAAUUAGCAAGUCGUUCUCUGGGCGAGAAGGUCGUGGCUUCCUGAUGCACUCAGCCGUCAAUGUGAAACAUGGCAAGAAAGAGGACCGUCCGCUUUUGACUGGCAUGCACACCGUCUCAGACGUGUUUUGCGUCGGAUGUAAUGACCGUCUAGGAUGGUACUACGUCAAAGCGUCUGAUACCAGUCAGAAAUACAAAGAAGGGAAAUACCUAUUAGAACGAGCCAAGAUAGUCAAAGACAAUGUCUGGCGAUUAGAUGAUGACGACUUUUAACGAUUUGUUUAUGAUACACUGCUGCUAUUUCCUUCCCCUAUAUCCAUGUACCCCUAUCUGUAUCUCGUUGGCCGCAUCGGCAUGUCUGUAGACUCCGUACCCCGUCC